UUUUAGUGAAAAGAAAAUAAAUUAAAUAAUGUUUGGGUCAACAACAACUACUAAUACAGGGUUUGGAGGGUUUGGUACUCCAGCCGCUGCAACAACAACAACAACGACACCUUCCUUGUUUGGAAGUGCACCUACUACUAGUACACCUUCAUUAUUUGGAAAUCCCUCUACCAGUACGUCUUCCUUGUUUGGUGGCGCUGCUUCUACUACUUCUGCCCCUACUUCCACUGCUGCUACUUCUUCAUUAUUUGGAGGUGCACCCACCAAUACACUCUCCUCCUUUGGAACCACACCCGCCGCCACGAGUAGUGCACCCUCCUUGUUUGGUAGUACACCAACUCCCUCUCUUUUUGGCACCUCCACAAAUACCAACACAGCAGCAACAGCGACAACAGCAGCAAAGCCUUCAUUCUUUGGAACGGGUAGUAAUAAUACGUUUGGCAACACAACCACCGGUGGUGGCAAUUCUCUUUUUGGAGGAAACGCAGGCACAGGAGCAGCUGCUUCUACCUACGCACAAGCAUCUCAUUCCGUGUUUAACGCACCAACAGCACAACAACAACAACAACAACAGCAACAACAAGAAGGAAAAGGGUAUUUGGAUUUAGAUACCUGUUUUCCUGAUACCAAAGUACCUCAUUUUCUUGUCACGCCUCAAGGGUUGACGCGUACGGUGGUGCCUGCAAAUUUUUUCAUUGGAAGUAGUAACAGUACAAGAGAUAAACAGGUCACGAAUGUCGAGUCAAAGAAUAUCGAUGAAUUUUCCUUGACUUCGGUUGGGUUCAGUGAAAGCAACAAGACUUUGCCUUUUUACUUGACUUCUUCUGCAGAUAACACCAACACCAACAACAACAACAAUAAUAAUAGCAACACCAAUAAUAACAAUACCUCGACUGCCAACAACCAAUCACCUAUUCCUAUUUACAGUGCGAAAAAGAGAGUGCUUGAAGGAAGCCAUUUAGAUACUGGCCGCAACGUCAUGGCUAAGAAUGAACAAGGGAUAUUUUCACAUGGAAAAAGCGAAGUAGUCAACAAUGGAUUUAAUCAACACUUGAAUUCAGUGGGAGGAGGUGAGCCACCUUUUGAAUCACUGAAUGAGACGGGUAUCCAGACGGUAGGAGGACAGGGAGCUGGAGGAAAAGGCGGGUUAUUCACGCAGACGAACAACGAGAUGAAUAACCCAUUUGGAUUAUUUAACACAAGCCGUAGCGUGGAUCCUACAAAGACCCGUGUUCGUGUAUUUGGAUAUGAUGGAAAGGACGUGGAAAAGAUCAUCAAGUAUUUUACAAACCUAGGUGAAUUAGCCGAGCCAUGCCAAAGUCAAGGCAAUUGGAUCACAUUUAAUUACGUGUCACCUCAAGUGGCUCAAAAGGCAAUCGAAUGUAACGGAAUGAACAUUGACCAAAAUCAUCUGGUGGGUGUAACAUGGGAUGAAAGAGCAAAACAAGUAGAAAACUUGCAUUAUCAGCCUCAACAAAAUGACUUAUACAAGAGACAAAGUAGUUUCAUGAACAUCUUUUCCGUCGAUCAUCAACAAGGUGAACAAAAACUCGUAGAUAAAAUUAGAGAAAAACUAUUGGGCUGGUAAAAAAGCACAGAAGAAAAAAAAAAUUAUAUAUAAUUAUCAUAAAUAAAUUAGUAUGAUGUCACACCACUCCUUAUAUAAGAAAAAAAAAAA